GUGAUAUGGCAAAAUGUUUUAUUUCUUUUAGUAAGAUCAUGUGAUAACGACCGGCAGUUGUCCUGCAGCUUAUUAUGCAACCGUUGGAGCUGUCAUCCAUCAAGCCAUCUAUCGCCUCAGCAAGGCUAUUCUUUCUUUUCUAUUUUGAUGCAAUAACUCGCUCCAUGAUUACCAGGAGAUUUCCUCUUUGUGGUGGCCCUUUUCAUCUACCCACCAGUCAUGAAUGUUCGCCGAGACAGAGUCGACAGUAUCCUCGCUCAGAGUCCCUUUCACGCGAACAACGACCACUAUGAUACCGUGUUACAAUAUUUGCAGAACAGCCCUACGCUAGCCUACGUAUUUGCGACCUCUAUAUCUGCCUACUUUCUUCUUUAUUACUUUGGAUUCACUUCCUUUUCGUUGCCUCAAAGCAUCUGGAAUAUCAUCGUCUAUUUGACGCCCUCACGAAUAGUCGUCGCUUUAGAUUCGAAGACAACGAAACUGGAUUCCACCGAUGGUAACCUCCGUCCGAUGAACUUUCAAGCGAAGAGUGAAGCGAUGCAACGGAUCUUCGGGCUCGAUAAUACCUCCUUUUACUCCUUCUUCCCCAAUGCAACGACCUUCUCGGGAUUUGGAAAUGCGCUUCUGGGCAGCAAGGAUAGCCUACCUCCGGGACUAGGGAACUGGGACAACUCCUGUUAUCAGAAUAGCACUAUCCAGGGCUUUGCGUCUUUUCAAUCUCUGGCGACAUUUUUGGAACGUAAUCUCAACACAUUGGGGAGCAAGGGAUCGCUUUCGACUCACGAGGCGUUGAGGGAUAUCAUACAACAGCUCAAUAGUCCAUCGAAUUAUGGUCAAAAGCUGUGGAUACCGCCGGAUUUGAAGUCCAUGAGCAGUUGGCAACAGCAGGAUGCGCAGGAAUACUUUUCGAAGGUCGUGGAUCAGAUAGACCACGAAGUGCAACGAGCAUCGCUCCGGCAGACUCGAAACCUAGGCUUGAAAAUGGCUGGGCCUGGAGAACAUGUUAUCGGAUCUUCUGCAACGAAUGGUGACUCCGCGCCGGUCCAGAAUGACGAAAGUUCUUCCUUUCGCAACCCUCUUGAGGGUCUUUUGGCUCAAAGAGUAGGCUGCAUGAAAUGCGGCUGGACUGAAGGCUUAUCUUUGAUUCCGUUUAAUUGCCUUACUGUCCCUCUUGGUGGGCAAAAUGAGUACGAUGUUCGCGAAUGUCUGGAUCAGUAUAUGAAUUUGGAACCCAUUGAAGGAGUUGAAUGUGCAAAAUGCACUCUAUUACGUGCACAGAGGCAGCUGCAAACCCUCCUGUCCCAAAUUGAAGAGGACAAAGGACUUUCCAGUACCCCGGACUCACCCACAGUGUCUGAUGCGGUGAGGAAUUCCGCACGAGAACGACUGCAGGCGGUUGAAGAGGCCCUCGAACAGGAUGAUUUUGCGGAAAGCACUUUAUCGAAAAAAUGCCAUAUACCCGCCAAGAAUCGAGCAACCUCAACUAAAUCAAGGCAGGCCGUCAUUGCAAGGGCUCCGAAGUGUCUUGUGGUUCACGUCAACCGGAGUCUGUUCGAUGAGUACACGGGAAUGUUAAGGAAAAAUUAUGCAGCCGUUCGAUUCCCCAAGACUCUUGAUUUAAAUGAGUGGUGUCUGGGAGUGACUUCCAUGGCCGAGAGUGCCUCUGAAAAAUGGGGCAUGGACCCCAAGGAGUCGAUGCUUCCACCAGCCGGCUCCAUGGUGGAUGCUGCCGGUCGUCAUUAUGAAUUGCGCUCUGUCAUCACGCAUUAUGGCCGACACGAGAAUGGUCACUACAUCUGUUACAGAAAGUACUCUUCAGAAACAUUCCCGGUUCAUGUCCCAGAAUCGGUUGUGGAGGCCGAUGGCGACAAAGAAAAGUCGGAACGCUGGUACCGGCUUAGUGACGAGGAUGUGCAAAUGGUCAGUGAAUCCAACGUGAUGUCCCAGGGUGGAGCUUUCAUGUUGUUCUAUGAGGCCAUAGAGCCUUCCUCAGGGGGUAGCGAAGUAGACGAGGUGGAUUUCGUGGAUGCUGGAAAUGAAGAAUCAGCUUCGAGUUUUGCGACCCCGGAAGACAUGUCCACGACAUCUGUUUCAGACAGUCUCGCAUCCAACACGUCGCAGGCAACUAGUGUAUCAGCGUCUGAGAAAUUCAGGCUGCCCGCCGAGGGUCAAGCUGUUCCGGUUUAAUGACUUAUGCCGUUUCGGAACGCUUGAGCUCCUUCAUGACUGCACAUGGUCGUCUUUUAUUUUUUGUUUCAUUUGCAAUUUUGCAAACAAUCCCGCAUGUUGAAUAUUGUAUAUCAACACCCUAUGAUACCCGGAAGCUCAUUCCAUUAUAAGGCGCUGGUGUUUUAUCUUGUCUUCGCAACGGUGCUGCUAUACUAUAAAGUCACGGUCUGCUCUUGAGUUGUAUUAUUAUUUAGAAUGAUGCUAUUGAUUAACUAGAGCAUUGCAUGUACAUUGCAGCUCUCAAACAUUCAUUGUACAUUAAGUGCUAUCAGAUGCAGUUCACAAUGAACCUCUAAUAAAGAGCCUCAGAUCAUUAACUAAUAGCAAUUAGUAGCACAGGAGAAAAGACAAACCCAUAACCAACACCC